AAUGUCAAAAAAAUACUGAUUUGUCAUUUGUAAGGUAUAAUGACAAUCAAAAUUUAUUAUCCUAGAUUUGUCCUCCAUUCCAUUGCGAGUGAACGCGAAAUUUACAGAAAAGUAUUCUACGCAUUGUUUGCAUUGGAACACCUUUGUUGGAACAUUUUGAAGGUGUACCUUAGGCUACGCCCAGUUUCAAGUUGUCCGAUUGUUUGAUUUUGUGUUCAUCAUAGGCCUAUCAGAUACUGCCGUUAUGGAUAUGAUGGUAUCAACGUUGCAACAGCAGCGUGCUGUCACAGAACAGCUACGGCGUGAGGCAGCUAUUAAACGGAUUCCUGUCUCCGCGGCCGUGGCCGAUAUCGUCAAAUAUAUCAAUGAACAUGAAGUAGAGGAUUGUCUACUAGUUGGCUUCUCUAGUCAGAAAGUGAAUCCUUUCCGCGAGAAAAGUUCCUGCACUGUACUUUAAAAAUUACUUACCUACAUGUUGUAUGUGUAUUGAAAACUAUGUAUUCUAUGUCCAAAAUGGGAAUUGUGAACAUAAUACUAGUGUAAUUAGUAUUUUUAAUACUAAUUACACUAUUUUACAGUAUU